AUCCACAUACAUCAAUCAACACCCAACAGUAGUAUAGUAGUAGCAGAUAAUCCCACCUCAACAAAAACCAUGCAUUCUUCCACCGGCCUCUUUUACCUCAAUCUCAUACAACCAAAAUCCCUCCUACCCCUUUCCGCCGCCGCAUCUCCUCCCAAUCCCAACCCUAAUCCCCUUCUCCGCCGCGAUCUUCUCUCCUCCACCUUGCUCAUACUCGCCGCCAAGCCACUCCGAGCCGAAACCGUCACCAAUGCACCUCCAAUCUCCACCUGCGCUCCGCCAGCGCCAACCAAGCAGGCAUUCCUCGACAUCUCCAUCGACGGAGAGCCAAUUGGCAGGAUCGUCAUCGGCCUCUACGCGGACGACGUCCCUGCCGGCUCCGCCAGAUUCGCGCAGCUCGUCAGCGGCUCGGCCGGUGUCAGCUACCGCAGGAAGGAGUUCGUGAAGAUCAUGCCCGGCUACGUGCAGCAUGGCGGCCUCAGGUCGUACGGUGUGGAUGCAGAGAUGGCGAGGAAAACCGGAGGGAAGGCGGGGGCGGACGAUCUGGUGCGGGAGUGGGAGGAGCAGAGCGGGAGGUGUGCGGGGACGAGAAACGUGGGGAGGAGCGUGGGGAUAAUCGUGAGGGACCCAUCGAAGCCGGCGCCUAAGAUGAAGCUGGUGGCAAGAAAGGGGAAGCUGGAGAUUGAUGAGGAGGAGAUGGGGAAGGAUCCGAACGGGACGGAAUUUGUGAUCGCAAGUAAGGACUCGCCGGAGCUGGACGCGGCAGCGCUGGUGGUGGGGAGGGUGGUGGAGGGGAUGGAUGUGGUGGAGAGGAUUCAGGGUGUAAAGACUGUGCAGGAGAAUACUAGUUCGCCAUACUUCAGGGUGGCAAAGCUAAUAGGGGACAAGAGGGCUGUAGUCGCAGAAAGGGGCUUCAACAGACCUUACUCAAAGGUUGUCGUCACAAAUUGUGGACUCAUUGGAUGACUGCAAAAUCCACACCAACUGCUCUAUUCAUUUUCUGAAUGUGGGAGUUAUAUAUUUUUGGGAUAAUCAUAAAUGAUAAUCCAAUGCUAUCAUGCCAACCAUUUCCUUCAACA